AUGGCCAUUCAGCUCGCAGGGCCUGCCCCCUGCCUGGCUUCUGUCAACCAACCAGAGGUCACCUUCCGCCUAGGAACACCCCAGGUUAAUGCCAGAGUGAGGACAGACGGCGGAAGAGCUGUGCUGACCUUGCUUCAGUGGGGAAAGUCGAGUUUUAAGAAGAUGAAGUCAAACCCAUAUCCUGUCCAGCUGGAGAAAAGAACCUGCAACCAGAUGUUUUGGGCUGUCUUUCCUCAUGCCUGCUUCAUCUGUUCCUUAGUGAUCUACGCUUUGCUAGGGGCCCUCAUGUUUUCUCACGUUGAAGGUAACAGAGAGAGCAACGAAAGUGAGGAAUAUAAGGAAUUCAUGCUGAAACUUUGGAAUCUCUCCAAGGAUUUGUCAGAAAAUGAAACUUCCAAUGAGAUCUUCAAGAAAAGAACACACGAACUGAUCAGCAGUAUUGACUUUGUGUGGUUUUCCGAUCCCAAAAAGAAAUGGUCCUUCUUGGGCUCUCUCUUUUUCUGCUGCACUGUGUUCACAACAGUGGGUUAUGGUCAUACCUACCCUGUGACAAAACUUGGGAAAUACUUGUGCAUGCUGUAUGCUUUAUUUGGCAUACCUCUAAUGUUCUUGGUUCUCACUGAUAUGGGGGACGUCCUUGCUUCUAUAUUAUCUAUGUCUUACAAUAAAGCCAGACAACUGCAGUCAAAAAUAUUAACCAGACUUUCUCAUGGAUCCUGUUGUAAGCAAAACAGAGAAUUAAAACCAGGAUCAUCGUCACCAUCAUCAUCAUCAUCAUCAUCAUCAUUUAGGCAAACCAAAAUAGUCCUCCGUGAACCUUUAAAUAUUAAAGAAGUGUUAAGUAGUCAUUCCUCCUUUCAAAGAAAGCCUGGGCAACUUCAGAAUGUUGAAAUCUUUGAAAGAUUAAUUGCCAGGGAAAACCAAUUCCUUGCACCUCCAAAACCUACCAGAUUUGAACGAUGGAGUUCAUGUCCUGAACUAGAUACAGGGACAAUGAUGAAUCACAUGAUUGACAAUAUUGACAAUAUAGGGAAAGAAGUAGAAAAACUGGAUGUGCCCUUUUUGUUGAUGACUGUCAUUGUCUUUGCAUACAUUUCCUGUGCUGCUGCUAUUCUUCCGCGUUGGGAAUCUGAUCUAGAUUUUGAUGGUGCUUUCUAUUUUUGCUUCAUCACCAUAACAACAAUUGGUUUUGGCGACGUCAGCCUGAAGCAUCCCAACUUUUUCUUGUUUCUCUCAUUUUAUAUUGUGGUAGGCAUGGAAAUUGUCACCAUUGCUUUCAAGUUGGGACAAGAUAGGCUCCUUGGUCUGUACAAGAAGAUGAUUUGCUGCAUUGGUAGGAAAAAUGCCCCCCACAAAAUGGUAUGAAGAAUGUCCAUCUAAGGUGAGAUAGUGGCAUCAAUUCUACCAUCACAUCUGCAG